UGGGGCAAACUCCGGCAUUUCCCGACUUUACUCGAGUAACUCCGAGGCUGUGCAGAACCAGACAUAUUCGGAACAUCUUCGGAAUAGUGAAGCCCAGUAGUCAAGAGCUGCUCUUGGGGGGCGAGGUUCAAGGGAGGGAGUCAGAAGGACACUAGAAGAAGUAGCAUCCACCGCAUUUUCGAACCUUUACGAUAUCCUCCGACGUCGCAAUUAAGACGCACAUUUCAAAGUUGGCUUUUAAAGGUGCUCAUUCUCUGUGCAGACCCCGGACUCAACUCAGUCAUGAUGAGGAAAAUCAGUUUGAUCGUGUUCGGCUUUCUGCUCGGCAUGGCUCUUUCAGCCCCUGUAAAAGUCCAAGAGGAGUCUGAGACUAAGUUCCACGGGGAGGACUUCCACAUCCAGCUGCCCUCCGUGGGGGCGGACAUCACCUUCCGGCCCUCCUCGGGCCCCCGGCAGGCGGACACCGUGUUGAUGCGGGACGGCGAGGUGGUGGGCCGGCGGGCCAAGCUCAACCUGCACUUCAGCCACCUGGUGCUGGACAACGUGAGCGAGGGCGACGAGGGGGUGUACACGCUGAAGAACGCCGCCACGCCCGAGGACAUCCGCCGCAUCCGCCUCAUCGUCAGAGACUGCUCCAACGAGGAGAGUGUGCGGUACGGGGACCCCUACAACAUCCAUCUGUUGGGCGUGACAGCCCCCAUCACCCUGGAGUACAGACCCCUGGCCGUGGAGGCCAACCAGACAUCCAGGCCUGCUCUGGUGCUGAUGACCAGCACGGGGCUGUCCCGGGACGGCUACCAGGGGCGCAUCGUCGUCAACGAACGCCACGUGUCCCUGAGCUCCACCACGGGGGCGGAUGAGGGCAGCUACACCAUCAGGGACGCCGACGGCAACAUCAAGAGGAAGGUCUGCCUCAACGUGCAAGAGCACUUCGACUACAAAGAGCUGCCCAACGACGGCGUGAUGAAGAUCAACCUCCGCCUGGACAGCUCCCUGGUCAGCCUCUACUACAGCCCCAACAACGACUCCAAACCAGUGCUGCUCAUGGACAAGGGAGAGCUCACCCCGAGCCUGAGUGAGCUGGGCAUGGAGGGCCGUCUGCACAUGGAGGGCACCACGGCGGUGCUGGACCACCUGCGGGCCUCCGACGCGGGACGGUACGAGGUGGUGGACGCCCUGAGCUUCCCCGUCGCAGUCUUCCACCUGGAGCUGGAGCCCUACAGGCUCCCCAUGGUGUUGGUGGCGGUGAUCGCCCUGUGCGGCCUGCUGGCCUUCCUGCUGCUCGUGUGCCUGCUGUCCUGCCUGUGGAAGGUGAAGAAGAGGGCCAGGAGGGCCGCCGAACUGGAGAAGAUCGCAGAGAAUGCGGGCAAGGAGGACGAGGGGGACGCCUUCAGACAGGUGGUGAAGAACAUGAAGCAGCUGAAUGAUGACUCUAAACACUCCCAGGCGGAAAACACAGAGAAAUCCCAGAGCACCGAAGUGGACAUUAAACAUGCUGUUCAUGCCCGGCUGCAGGGUCUGGAGGUGUCUUCUAAGGAGGUGGGCGUGGACAACAUGGAGACUAGUGACUCCGGAGUGGGCUUCAACACCACCGCCCUCCCUUUGGACACCGACACCGACAUCGGAGAACAAAUCCUAGAAUCCGAGGCUGAAGGCGUCUCCGUUGCCAUGGCCCCUAAGCCAAGCCCACCCGCCGCCACCGCCGCCGCCGCCGCCGCCGCCGCCGUGACCACACCCAGUGCCCCGCCCUCCGUUGAUGUACAGCCGCCACCACCUGACACCAACAGCACCCCCGACGACGCGCUGAACAUCCCCACCUUUGCAGACGUCAAGCUUAGCCCGGCCCAAAGCCCUGAGCCCAGAGCCGGCCUGAGCCCCGGCUCCAAGCCAGGUGAGCGGGCCAAGACCCCCGAGCCCAGUCCCGUCCCCAGCCCGGGCCCGGCGCUGAGGGCCUCCUCCCCAAUGGCUCCCUCCGCUCGCACCGCUCCCCCCACCCCAGAGGCCAAGCCUGCCCUCACGCCCACCCCGGAGCCCGGCGCUGCACCUGAAUCAGCCCCCACCGUCAACGGCACCCCCGGACCCGCACCCGGGUCCAAAGCCAGUCCAGAAGCGGCUCCGAAGGUGGUCCCCCCGAAGACCCCCGAGGUGGAGCUGAAGGCCGACGCCCCUGGAGUCCAGGCUGAAGAGACCACCACCUGAUCCCAGCCCUGGACAGACGCAAGGAAAGACCCACUGAUAGCCAACACGGCCCCCACCACAUCAUGAAGAAGUGAAACCACACUUCCAGGGGCAGUGAAUUAAAUAUCCCACUUCUAAUGCCUGAACCUAAUCGUAGCUAAAUAAGGAUAUAUCACUCGUUUGUAUCUAACACAUAACCUUUGAGACGUUUUAAUCCAAACAUCAGUUCACAUGAGCAGAUCAAUGAUCAAAUAAUGUUAUAGGUAGUUCAACUCCUUGUGGCUUAAUCUUUUAGAUUGUACUCUCUCUUUUAUAGUUUGGUUACUUCACAGUACAACUGCCAAACUGCAAACAGUAUCUUUUGCAGAGUUUACAGCUAAAUUGUUAACCCAAAUUUAGGUCUAGGAUUUUCUAACAAUUUAUGGUAAACACCAUGGUUUACAACUAAUAAUUUAAGAAAGUGAUUGACAAACACACUCAUCUGUAAAAUUCUACACUACACAAGUUGAAAGCAACUCAAUUGAAACACGAAUGCCCAUUAAGAUACCUGCUCUUUCGUCAAGCAUGUGGAUACAAUAGUCAAACAGUCAAAAGCAUGAACUUUUUGAGCCUAUCUUUGAACAUCGGCAGUUUUGUCGUCUCAGAUAAUUGUGGGAAGUCACGAUUAUACACAGAUCAAACCGUACCCAUCACAACUUGGAAUGGCAAUGCAUUAACUCUGCAAGAAUACUUCUUCAACAUGGAGUAGAGAAACCACCUCUUGAAAGGAGCGGAUGAAACAAAACACAUGUUCAGCGGUCUGAAAACGACGUCCUGGAACACUUCCAUCCAUGGUCUUAUCCUCAUCCACAAAUCGGGAUCAUAUGGUUUUCAUGGAUUUGGUUUGCAAAUCUCUUCCGUUGUUGCAAAUGUACUACAAAGGUAAAACAUGGUUUUCAUGGUUCUGAAAGGGAAGAGACAGGCACUUACGGCCUUUUGCAUUCUCAUUUAGUUGCCACCGUUUAUGUAAAAGAUUCUGCACACAGACAUCCUUUCCCUAAAAUACACUUGUUUUCAACUCCAUCACAAAAAGGAAUAAGUUGCUACUUUCAAUAACAUAAAAAACAUACUUACUAUACUAAAAACAUUGUUUUAUCUGAGCAGUUUAGAUUUUGAUGCGAUCGCUCAAUUGCUAUAUUUUAUUGUUGAAAUGUUUGGAUUUUUUUAUAGACUGAAUACUCAAUAAUGACCAUUAACACCUUGAUUUUUUAUCAACUGUUUGAAUUGAAGGAGGUCACAGAUGCCUGCUGAAACUUCAGCCACUUUAUGAUACCAUCUUGUGAUACCUUGUUAUUUACCACAUGUGGUUGUCUAUAACCGAGAGAUAGAACUACAUGGCUAAAUCCAUCACUAUAAACCUUUUCUUUCAGCAGCAUCAUUGUAACUAAAGUAAAUAUAUCUGUACAUAGCCAUGACAAAAGUAUGUAUAUUGAGUCCUAUUUAACGAUGUGGACCAGAUAUUCCCAAACUAAGUUCGACAUUUGUAGCCUGCUUGUGGUGCUUGGCCCAUUUAUCAAAAAUGGAUCAAAGCCCCUUAUUUGCUCCUCCUCUGAUGUCCACAAGAACGUCUGCCUCACUGUUGCUUUUGCCUUUGCCAAAUACAGCUGCGUCCCUAUCCAGACGUCUUAAAGCUAUAGGGCUGCAGAUGUGGAUGCAAAGGGAUUUAGUAUUAGUUAUCAGUUAGGUAAAGGAGGUGAGAAGAUACAUUUGAUGCAUGAUUAAAAAAAUAAAAACGAUAUCUCUACCUCAUGGUUAAAAUUACCCCACCUAAACCAAUGAAAGACCAGGUAUUGUGCGAUAAAAUUACCAAAUAAUCUUUGGUAAUUUUUUUCAAAGGAUUUGUCAAGAGAAGCACAAUAUAAGUGUUCAUUCUCCACAAACAAUAUGGAAACUUGAGACUUGACCUUGGUCUACCAACCUCAUUCCUACUGGACCCCUGUGUAGUCUUUUGGUGACAGUUAGAAAUUUCAUAUGUAUUUGAUAAGGCAACGUGACAAGAGCCAAAUAAAAUGUCUAAUUUGCUAGCAUAUUAACAUGACAUUAAAUAUUAAAAGCAUGGGGUUCGAUGAAUGAUGCGGUUUAGGUUCAAUAAAAAUCAAGUUAUAUACACAAGCAAGAUAAAGUAAUGGCAUUACAUGGUUUAACACUGAAAAAGAAAUUCCAGGAUGAAUAAAUAAACCGAAAAAUCUUGGCAAUACUGAAAGCAUCUUCAAUCCGCUUAAAAAAACACACACACACACACACACACGCACACACACACACACACACACACACACACACACACACACACACACACACACACACACACACACACACACACACA